CAGCGAUAAGGAAUAAGUAUCGAUAAUGAUUUGAUCAGUAUUAUUGUUUUAUCAAUCACGUUUAGUCCAUUCUAUCAACAUUUCUCGUGAGGAACUGACUAGUUAUUUUUAAUAGAAAUAAAUUCUAUAGACAUGAAGUGGUUGGUGCAUGUAGUUACGGUUGCAGUAUGGUUCAUUGUCAUGUUCUUAUCACUCUUUGCAAUGGGUUUUAUUACUCCAAUUAAACGAGCAUUCCUGUGUAAUGAUCCAGCUCUGUCAUUGCCUAUCAAACCUAGUAUAAUCGGGACGAAGGCAGUUUAUGGAUGGGCUCUAUUUUUACCGCCAAUUGCAGUUUAUGUCGGGGAACUGAUCUUCAGCUAUGGACAUAAGAUGAAACUCAAAACAAGAUUUACUGGAGCUUUAUGCAGCAUGUUAUCACUAAUGUAUUACUAUUUUGCUGACUUUGCAUGUCUCCAUGUUAUAAUGACAGCUGCGAAAGUACUUGUAGGAUCUUAUCGUCCAAUAUUCUUUGAGCUAUGCAUGCCAGAUAAAUUAGAAAAUUGUACAGCCAACACGUGGAUCACAGACUAUACAUGCACAAAUCAAACGAUUUAUCAUCGAUAUUAUGGAAUGAGCACGAGCUUCUUUAGUGGACAUGCUUUAUUGACAUCAUUUGCUGGUGCUUUUGUAGUUCUUUAUCUGCAAUUCAGAUUCCAUUCUAAACACUCAAAAUUUACAUCUUUUUGGUUGCCUUUUAUUCAAACAAUAAUUUUAUGUGUGGCUUUCUUUGGCGGUAUAUCCCGAAUAGUUGAUCAUCAUCAUCAUGUUAUUGAUGUUGUAGUCGGUACAAUUAUUGGAAUUCUUGGAUCCAUACAUGUAUGGCAUUCACAAUAUCAUAGAUACAAAAAUUCAAGGGUCACUGACGAUGAUCAUAAAAACGACGGAACUGAUGUACAAUUUUUAUAAAUUUAAAAAAUUAUAUUUAGGUUUAUAAAAUUGACCAAUUACUAAUCUUAAAAUUAAUAGGAUCGUUUGACGAUAAAAAAUCACAAUAAAUUUAAAAUGUGUCUUAAAACCGUAUAAAUUCGAAGAAAAAUUUAAUAAUUUGUAUGGUUCUCAAUGAGAAUUUGAAUGGUUUUCAACAAUAGAUUUGAACAUUUUCAAAAUUUU